UGAAGAAUGGGCACCUCAGUGGUCGAGGAGAAGUGACUGCUCACACCGCCCACGAUUUCUAACCCCUUUGGUCGGUCAUGUGAACAAACUCUCAUGCGAGUAGCCGCUCUAGUCAUGCCUCUGCUGCAGCUCUCUGCAUUGUUCCCGCAAGAGCGGCGCGGAACGAGGGACCAGGGAGAGAGUUGGGCCCAGCCAAAGCGAGCGAGCUCACAAAACAGGGCAGAACAAGGGGGCCGUCUCGGCACCACUCCUGGACCUCCACGAAGUGGACGCAGAAUCACAACCAAAAUUUAUUAUUAUUAUCAUCCUUCUUCUUAUGAUCCCUCGCACCACACCCUCCAUCUCGCAGCAGGACCGGCCAGGUCAGGUCAGGUCAGCAAGACCUCGAAACGGCGACCGGUGGCUAAACAGCGCCCCCCCGCUCUACUGGAAUCGCGCCCCCGGCGUGCAUGCCAAUAAUCCACACUGCUCGCCAUGCAGCCCCCUGUCCUGCACGCCUAUCCGACCGCUUCCCAUCUUUCGACGUGCAUCGCCCGCCGCUCCACAAUGGUAUUAGCCUCUACCAGCACCCAUUCAGCUGGACACCAUUGCCAAGGGAUGUGCAGGGCUGAUCCCCGUCACCUGGUGGGCU